AUGGGUUACAAAAUUGUUUACCGAUCUCUCACGGAAUUAUUUCCACAGGUUGAUGCAAGGCUUUUAAAAGCUGUUGCUAUUGAGCACCCAAAGGACGCUAAUGAAGCUGCAGCUGUAGUUAUUUCAGAGAUUGUUCCUAAGUUUUACCCUACUCUGUCUGAUAAUUCUACACAACCUGGGAACAAGACACCCGCUAAUGUGCCAGAUAACAAAGUAGAACGUGGUAUGCAAAAUGGCACAUUGACUGGAUCAGAGAUGGGUGCUUCUUCAUCAGGAACUAAUCCUCUUACUGUUGAUUGUGACCAUGAAACAAGGGCCCCAAUUACUAAUUUGCUUUCUAAUAGGAACCAGUUGACAAAUGUGAUCCAAUUUGGUGAUCUCAAUAUUCAGAGCAAAGCAAAGAUCAGUUUGGGCGGAUCGGUUGAGUCGGGAGUGGUUUCCUCAGAUCCCCCUGCCUUCGUUCAGGUGGGAACCAAAUUGACUAGAGAUGGUUGCCAGACUGUUGAUUUUCACAUUAUAGGUAAUAAAGCGGAGUCAAGCACAAGCGCAGUUUCAGAAGAUGCUGUGCAUAAGGUGGUUUAUCCUGCAGACAAUUCAACAAUUACACAGGAAUCAUCUCGUUUGCAAUUUAGAUUUGGAAGUUUAGAUGAUGUGAAAGAGACGUCAAGUGGUUCAUUGGCUGGUGAAAAUAGUGCUGCAGAGUUGAGUAGUUCAUUGGCUGGUGAAAAUAGUGCUGCAGAGUUGAGUAGUUCAUUGGCUGGUGAAAAUAGUGCUGCAGAGUUGAGUYGUUCAUUGGCUGGUGAAAARAGUGCUGCAGAGUUGAGUYGUUCAUUGGCUGGUGAAAAGAGUGCUGCAGAGUUGAGUGGUUCAUUGGCUGGUGAAAAUAGUGCUGCAGAGUUGAGUGGUUCAAAUCUCGUGGACGAGACAUCAAAUGAUUCCUUCACCAUUGAAAAUGAUGACGCCGAGCUGUGUGGUGCUUUUAGCUCUGUUGUUAGCAGAUCAACCCAGGGAUGCAACAUUGAUCAUCUUGAACGGAUCAUCGAAGAUGCCAAAAGUAACAAGAAAACCUUGUUCACUGUGAUGGAAUCGAUCAUGAAUCUGAUGAGAGAAGUCGAAUCUCAAGAGAAGGAUGCUGAAAAGGUGAAGGAAGAUGCUACUAGAGGAGGCUUUGAUACCCUUGUCAAGGUUGAGGAGCUGAAGAAGAUGCUUGCACAUGCGAAGGAGGCAAAUGACAUGGAUGCUGGAGAAGUGUAUGGAGAGAGGUCAAUUUUGACCACUGAAGUAAAUGAGCUUGAAAAUCGCUUACUCAGCUUAUCAGAAGAACGAGAUAAAUCUCUUGCUGUUCUUGAUGAGAUGCGUGGAGUUCUUGAAACAAGACUAGCAGCAGCACUCGAGAUAAAAAAUACCGCUGAGCAAAUAAAGCAAGAAAAAGAAGGUUCUGCACGGAAAGCACUUGCUGAACAAGAAGUGAUCAUGGAUAAAGUUGUCCAAGAAUCAAAGCUUUUACAGCAGGAGGCUGAGGAAAAUUCAAAGCUUCGAGAGUUCCUCAUGGAUCGUGGUCGGACUGUCGAUUCCUUACAAGGAGAAAUCUCUGUGAUCUGUCAAGACAUCCGAAUCUUGAAGGAGAAAUUCGACAACCGAGUGCCAUUGAGCCUAUCAAUCACUUCAAGCCAGACUAGUUGUAAACUGGCGUCGUCUGGAUCAUCCAUGAAGAGCGUAUUGCUGGAGAAGCCUUUAGAGCCACCUGUUGAAACACCAGAAGCCUCAGGCAACAACAACAACAAGAGCCCGAAGAAAGCUUUGGUUAACGAGAGAAAAGACAACAAACAUAAAGAGCUUCUGGAAGAUGGUUGGGACAUCUUCGACAAAGAGACAGAGAUGUAA